AUAAAUCGGUGCUCAUUCAUAUCAAAGUUCCACCAAAUCUCAUCACCACUCCAUGGUUUGAUAUAGUAAACGAUACAAUGAUCAUACGCAAGGCAUUCUAUAGUCACGUGCCAAGAGAUCGUCGAGCGGGAUGAUAAAAUGUGACUGAACUGGGUUGCCUUUGAUCGAUGUAUAAAAGUUGCAAAUAGAAAAAUUCAUAGCCAUGAAAAAAGUGCAGCGCGGUGACUUUUGCUAAUGGGACGAAAUGUGGAACCUCUCCAACCACAACGCGCGAUCACACGCCCUACCCAACAUUAUUUUUUUAAUAUUUUUUUUUUCGCUUUCUCCUGUAACUUCUCUUUUUAUUUCCCUUUCUCGUUGUUCGUGUCAGGUUUAAUAUGUCAUCUACGGCAAAUACUCGUAAAGCCGGGCGCGUCAAGUUUUUCAACUCUGUAAAAGGCUUUGGUUUUAUCAUACCGGAUGACCAAGCUGGCCAGCAAAACAUUGAAGAAGUGUUUGUCCAUCACACUGCCAUUCACAACGAUGGAGGAUUCAAAAGCUUGGCUGAGGGUGAAGAGGUUGAAUAUGAUCUAGUGCAAGGACCGAAGGGAAUGCAAGCGGCCAAUGUGUCUGGUCCGGGCGGAGUAUCAGUUCAAGGUGACCCGACCGCCGGUCGCAGACCUUACGAUGCUUACGGUGGUAAUCGAUAUGGCAAUAAUGUGGCCUUGCCGUUAUAUUUAUUUUUAUAGCGUACGGUAUGAGUGGAGGCUUUAACCCAGGAUUCACUGGCCAAAACUUAUACCCUUAUGGAGGUGCUCCGUUCCCAGGCUAUACUCAGCAGUUCUCAGCGUUUCCAUAUCCUCAGAGUGGUUCACCACAACAACAAGUGCCUGCCACCUCACCUGGCGUGAUGCCGUCUGCUCACUAUACGCAGCAACAGCAGCAGCAACAGGGCGCACCUUUCACGCCUUACCAACAACAACCACAGGCGGCAAGAGGUCAAACGGGUGGAAGUAAUGGCGCAGGCGCAUACUAUCCGCAAUAAGAAUCCUCCUUCUAAAAGAAAUGCUAAUUUGUUUUCCACAAAUGUAACUCACAUUAUCGCCACUCUCAUUCACACUCUCUCACAUAUACGCUCGUGGGAUUUUGAAAUACAUAUUAUACAAAACAUCCAAACAAAAAACUAUU